AUGCCUAAACACCUUCACUAUACAGCAAAGUCCAAGGCUAAACCAAUGCAAAGUCCUCCAGAACAUGUAUCCCCUACAAAUUCUGCACCAAUUGGACAUUGCUUGGUGACCCCUGCAACAAGGUCUUUGUCCAACUCAAGUUUCUUGCCUAUGGAGCUAGAGGAGGAACUUGUUACUGGAGAAGGACUAGAUGAGGAUCAUGACUCAUGGCAUGGAUCAAUGAAUGAUACACCCACUAAGGACAUUCACUUAGCCCAGCUUAAAGUGUUACUCAAGCAUACCCCCUUGUUGCCAUUUCAAGGAGACAAUAUCUUGGAAGAACUGAUCACCACUGGUGGAUAUCCAUUAUUUCAACAGGAGCAAACCAAGUCUUUACUGCAGCAAGUACUAGAUCAAGACCUAUGUGCAGAUAAUGUGAUUGAGGGAGCAAGACCAGUCCCUGAGUGCAUACUUCUUCAUGGUGACUUUCAUGAGGUACAAGAUUUGGCUCCCAGCAAGGUGGAUGAGAUUCUUGGUGGCCUUGAGGAGGAGAUAGAAGAAGCACCUCACAAUCCUCAAGACAUAAGGAGAGUCCAUGCCUCUAUUGGGGACUGGGAUGAGCGCACUUGCUAUCUUCAGGCUAUUGAUAGGAUGCAAGUGCAUCCUCUUCUUUGUGGAGAUUUUUAUUGA